AUAAAAACCAAGAUAUUUAUAAGCCUCAUAACUUAAAGCAAAUAACUGCUAAAAUUAGUAAUGAUAUGGACGAAAAGAAAAAGUUGCAGCAAGAAGUAAAUAUUUUAACUAAGGAAAAAGGAGCAGACAAUGAGGAAGUGCAACAAUUAACUAAAAGGAUAGAAGAGUUAGAAAACUCUCUGAAUAAAAAGACACUGAAGCAUACGGAAGAAAAAGGAGGAGCAAGUGAAUAUGUGGAGCAGGAAAUGCAAAGUGACAUAAAAAAUGGUGACUAUACUCCCCUCUUACAUACUAAACCACAUCACCCUAAAAAAAUCCCUUCCAAACUUAAGCAUUUUACCCAACAAAACUUACUUAUUA